GCAAUAAUCAUUUGUGUGGAAAUAUGGGUCUCUCCCACUCAACCAUAGGGUUUGCAUAUCAUCCUACAAAAAUGUGAUACAUGAAUUUUUGUUUAUCGCGCAUAUGUAAUUCUUACGCAGAUUUUUUUGUAAUUUUUCACAAUAUUUUUUUAUCUAAUUUUUGUUACUUAGCUGCGUUUCGCACUGCUAUCUGUCGUCAACUUGUUGUUUCCUUUUUUUGGUUACAAAUGGAACAUGCCCACAGGACAGCCCUCACGGAAACCGAGGAUGAUCUGAGGAUUGAAAAUCAGAAUUUUUUGGGAGCGAGUUUGGCAUUGGACUUAAACGUUAGUUGCGAUGGAUAUUUACGAACAUGGAUCAUAGGAGCAAUAUUUUUGAGUUUUUUCUUAUUUUCUUUUGUAAAAAGAGUUCAAGUUUUGUUAAAGGAAGACAAAGGGCUACUCUCUGAGGUUCUUUUAAUGCUAGUGUGCUUUCUAUGGACAUACUUUGGGACAAUUCAGAUUAACAAAGCCAGUGCGUGUCAGAAGAGUGCUCCUUACUUAUUUUGGGCAGUGUUUACCUUAGUUACUACGAUUUGGUGUUCCAUCAUAGGACUAAUUUUAAGCCUGAUGAUUAUAACAAUAGGCUCCUUUUUUGUUGUUCGAUCGAAGGUAGGAUAAAAUGUAAUUCUUUUUUUUUUAAUAAUUUUGGAACAUUGCACAUUUUGAAGGAGAACAAGGCAGAGAAACACAAAAGGGAAGAAGAACGCAUAGCAUCCUUUUAAAGUUAUACUUUUUUACUUUUUUUUUUUUUUUAUACUAUUCUUUUUGUUGUUCAUUCCUGCUUAAAUUUUAUAAAAUUAAAAUUUAGAGGACGUGGCGUAGUUAUGUUUGUGCAUGUGUACACACGCAAUCAUGUAAAUAUAUGUACACG